AAGUAUUGUGCUCCAAACUGCAGCGUACGUUUUCAGAAAUCCCAAGAAAACCAUGGUUGAUUGUUGUGCAUGUCCACAACCAACGAGCGUGCUUACGGGACGUGUACGUCCUUCCAAAAGCCUUCUGGUCGUUAUUCUACAUUCAGCAUGUUUGCGUUGGACAUUUUGAAGGAAUUCUAUCACAUCAAUGGAUUCCCUACAAAGAGCGAGAGGACGAAGAUCUGUGAGAUCAUCGGCGAGACGGAGAAACGAGUCCAGAAUUGGUUCAAAGGACAAAGAAAGGCUGACCGGAGGCGAGACAGAGAGGUGGCAAAGGGGGACACUUCCGAAUUUUUGGUGGAGCUAGAGAAAACUCAGUCUGUCUUCCAGCUGUGCAAAACCUCCCAGAAACGUAAGCGAGAUCUAGAAGAGACAGAACUACAAGGCAACGGUACUUUCAACGAGGGACCACUCCACACCGUCCGGGAAACUCUGCGUGUUCUUAAGAAGGAACCCCGUUUGACCCCCUCUGUGUGGUCUCACCCUUCUCUGGCCUUUAGUGUCCCGACUUUUGACCCGGUUCCAUAUGGAUUCCCCGCACUGACUUCAGCAUUACCCAUGUCCAUGACAGCCAGCAAGACUCCCAAGAAAGAUGUUUCAUUUAUUCCCACACUUACAGAGUCUUCUAGCGUCAAGAACAGUCUGAGGAUCAAGAAUCCGUUCGAAGAGGAUCCCACCCCAACGAAGAAGAGGUGGAAGUUGUCUAAUGACGUCACACGUUUUGUUCACUCCGUAGACACUGUGAUGGAGGACAUCCUUAACGGGACAACGCCUCUUCUCCCUCACAUUGACAGCUUCCUGUGGGGAACGGACGGACCCAGAUUCAUGUGAAGUCAUUUUGCAGGAAACAAGACAAAUUGAGUGUGCUCUGUUGUUCUACUUUGUGAAAUUGUGCCCUGUUCUACUUUGUGAAAUUGUGUUCUGUUGUUGUUGCUUGGCGAAAUUGUGCUUUCCAGUGCUGCAACGUAAGCUAUAGUGUCUGAAUAAGAACUGUGAUUGUGUAUAGAUGCUUUUUUGAAUUUAUGAAUGUUUCUUGAUGAUGAAAAUAAAAGAAGUGAUUAAA